CCGACCGGACCGGGUUGGAAUAUACUCACAUUUACAACUCUCCAUCUGUUCUCCUACGCGAGUUUGGUUUGAGGGCUUUUGAAACUAGAAUCACUCCGAACGGGUUGUUUUUGCUUGUGAUUUCUUUAAUGAAUUUGUCUCUAGUAGCUAUCUCCCAAAACUAGUGGGUGUCCAUUCAUCCAAAUGUUUCGCCUGCCGGUCUCGCUUUGCAUGUAGCCGGUGGUUUCAGCCUGCGCCCAGGUGGUUCACGCGAAUUUGCGACGGGGAUUUUAUUUGUCUUUAUAUUUGUUGGAUAGAGACAUCCCUUUUUAUUUAUUGGAAAGCGUGUACACUAUUUUUCCCCAACAAUGGCUGAUGCUAAUGCAGAAUGCAAUAUCAAGGUGUUGUGUAGAUUUCGUCCUCUGAACAAGUCCGAAAUUAUCCGCGGAGAUAAAUUCAUCCCAGUAUUUCAGGGAGAAGACACUGUCAUCCUGGGGGGGAAGUCAUACGUGUUUGACCAGGUGUUUCCUACGAACACCACCCAGAUACAGGUCUACAACACCUGCGCCAAGCAGAUUGUCAAAGAUGUUUUGGGUGGAUACAAUGGGACUAUAUUUGCCUAUGGGCAGACGUCCUCUGGAAAAACACACACCAUGGAGGGGAACCUUCAUGAUCCCCAGGGAAUGGGAAUCAUCCCCCGGAUCGCAGAGGACAUUUUUGAACAUAUAUUUGCUAUGGAUGAGAACCUAGAAUUUCACAUAAAGGUCUCCUAUUUCGAGAUCUAUAUGGAUAAGAUACGAGACCUGCUGGAUGUGACCAAAACCAACUUGUCGGUGCAUGAAGACAAACACAGAGUUCCUUACGUGAAGGGCUGCACGGAGCGCUUUGUGACGAGUCCCGAGGAAGUGAUGGAUGUGAUAGAUGAAGGGAAGGCCAGCCGUCACGUUGCUGUCACCAACAUGAAUGAGCACAGUUCCCGCAGUCACAGCAUCUUCCUGAUAAACAUCAAACAAGAAAACGUGGAGACAGAGCAGAAGCUGUGUGGGAAGCUGUACCUGGUGGACCUCGCUGGGAGUGAGAAGGUCAGUAAGACAGGUGCAGAGGGAGCAGUGCUGGAUGAGGCCAAGAACAUCAACAGGUCUCUGUCGGCGCUGGGGAACGUCAUCUCAGCCUUGGCCGAGGGAACGAAAUCUCACGUGCCGUACCGUGAUAGCAAAAUGACUCGCAUCUUACAGGACUCACUGGGCGGGAACUGUCGCACCACCAUGUUCAUCUGUUGCUCUCCGUCCAGCUACAAUGAUGUGGAGACCAAAUCCACCCUGAUGUUCGGCCAACGAGCCAAGACCAUCAGAAAUACUGUAUCUGUGAACCUUGAGCUCACAGCAGAGCAGUGGAAGAAGAAGUACGAAAAGGAAAAGGAGAAGAACAGGUUAUUGAAGGAGACUGUUCAGAGACUGGAGACUGAGCUGAACUGCUGGAAGAACGGUGAGGCUGUCGAGUUAGAGCAACUGAGCCCUGAAGACAUCCCCCUGGUUCCUCCUGAAUCUGAGGAGCCCGUUCCCGACAUAUGCACCCCCUGCAGUCCCUGCACCCCCUGCAGCCCCUGCUCUGUUGCCUCUUCCAUUGUGGUUCACAUCUCUGAGGAGGAGCGGCAGAAAUAUGAGGCGGAGAUCCGCAAGCUUUACAAACAGAUGGAUGAUAAGGAUGAUGAGAUCAAUCACCAGAGCCAGAUGGUGGAGAAACUGAAGGAGCAGAUGCUCGACCAGGAGGAGCUUCUGGCAUCCUCCAGGGGUGACAGCGAGAAGGUGCAGUCAGACCUCGGCAGGCUGCAGACGGAGAAUCAAUCCGCCAAGGCCGAGGUGAAAGAAGUCCUCCAGGCUCUGGAGGAGCUGGCAGUGAACUACGACCAGAGGAGCCUGGAGGUCGAGGAGAGGAGCGUGCAGAAGAAGCUGCUGGCUGAAGAGCUGGCCAAGAAAGUGGCUCAACUCAAGGCUGUAGAAGCAGAGCUGUCUCGCAUCCAGGAAGUGAGCGGCCAUCAAAGGAAACGCAUCACUGAGAUUCUCAACAGCCUGAUGAGGGACCUGAGUGAGUUCAGCACCAUCGUUGGGAACAGGGACAUCAAGCUGCCCGUGGAGAUCACCGGUUCAAUCGAAGAGGAGUUCACAGUGGCCCGCCUCUACAUCAGUAAGAUCAAGUCUGAGGUGAAGUCCAUGCUGAAACGCUGCCGUCAUCUGGAGAGCCACCAGAUGGAGUGUCACCGCAAGAUGGAGGAGACAGGCAGAGAGCUGUCCUCCUGUCAGCUCCUCAUUUCACAGCACGAGGCAAAGAUCUGCUCUCUGACGGACUACAUGCAGAAUGUGGAGCUGAAGAAGAGGAAGUUGGAAGACAGCUAUGACUCUCUGAGUGAAGAGCUGGCCAAACUCCAAGCUCAAGAGAGCAUGGCACUGGUCACCAGCGGCGAGAAUCCCUCUUCUGUCCAGGAUUCCUGUGAUAUAAAGAGGGCUCUGGAGCAGCAGAUGGAGUCACAUCGUGAGUCGCACAGCAAACAGCUCGGUCGCUUGCGAGAUGAGAUCAAUGAGAACCAGAAGAUCAUCGACGACUUAACUGAUUGUAACCAGAAGCAGGAGCUGGAGUUGGAGCAACUGCAUUACGACUUUCAACAUCUCAGGAGUCAAGAACAUCACAAGAGCCGGCAGCUGGAGGAACUGACAUUUCUCCAUGAGCGACAUGAGCAGUCCAAGCGGGACCUCAAAGGGCUGGAAGACACGGUUGCUCGUGAGCUCUACACCCUGCACAACCUCCGCAAGCUUUUCGUUCAAGACCUCACGACCCGAGUUAGAAAAAGUGCACAGUUGGAGCUUGAUGAGAGAGGGGGAUAUAUCAGUCAGAAACAGAAGAUUUCCUUUCUUGAAAACAACCUCGACCAGCUUACAAAAGUUCACAAACAGCUGGUGCGUGACAAUGCAGAUCUUCGCUGUGAGCUUCCAAAACUGGAGAAACGUCUUCGGUCUACAGCUGAGCGAGUCAAGGCUCUGGAGGUCGCGCUGAAGGAGGCGAAGGAAGGAGCCAUGAAGGACCGCCAUCGCUACCAGCAGGAGGUGGAGCGCAUCAAGGAUGUGAUGAGGGUCCGCAAUCCCUUCCGCCGGCCCCAUGCUGCACAAAUAGCCAAGCCUGUGCGUGCCGGCCACUCGUGCUCUCCCACUAACCCCUUCUACAUCCGAGGCUACAGCGAUCACCCCGUUGCCUUCUAUAAAGCUGACUUCCACAACAGCAGCAUGAAACAAGAAGCUGCUCCUGCUGCUCCUGCUACACCAGAGAGUGAGCCCAGGUUACCUGAGGCCAACUCCAAACAGAGCAGCCCCACCAAACACCCCCACCCCCAGGUCGACGACUCACACGACAACGAAGCUCAGGACAGCGACUCACACGACAACGAACCUCAGGACAGCGACUCACACGACAACGAAGCUCAGGACAGCGACUCACACGACAACGAAGCUCAGGACAGCGACUCACAUGACAACGAAGCUCAGGACAGCGACUCACACGACAACGAAGCUCAGGACAGCGACUCACACGACAACGGACCUCAGGACAGCGUCGGUCAGGACAACAUGCUUCCUGCUGAACCUCAGAGUCGAGCAGACAAGAACACGGCAGAGAUGCUCGAUUCAGAAAACGGAAACACCACAGAUAUAAAUGACAACAGUAUGUGUCUGAAUGUGAAUUCUGUGCUCAGAACGGACGUCUGCGACAAUCAGGAUCCAGCCAAACUCUACGGCCUGCAUCCCGAGGCCACGACCAGCUAAUAGUCCUGAGCAGGCAGAUGCUUUUUCUGAGGCCUCCUCUGUAAAUCUGCAUGCAGCUGAUCACUGUCCGCCCCUCCUCUCCUUCCCCUCUUCUCCUCACCUGCUGUAAACAGACCUUUAUCUCUCCUCUGUCCCCUGUCCUUCCCCUGCUUGCUCAUCCUUUUCCUUCUUGUACAAUGAUGUGGGGUGUAUGUGGGUAUCAGUAAGAUCUGUGGCACUGCGUCUCAAAUGCCCGACCUGGAAGCUUACAAUAAUAAAUAUUGCUGCACACGCUCCCUCAUGAAAAGGGGCCACAGAGAAGAGAAGGUGCAGUGCUGUAGGUAGCCACUAGUGUGUGCUGUUUGUCUCAGUGACGGUAUUACGGUGGACAAAACCAGGACAACUGUAAGCUAAUGUUUGACUUUGUCAUUAUUACCAUUCUAAAACAUUUAUAUGGAGUUGAAAACUCCAUGAUGUACAACAUAAAACAGUGAACCUCAAGCUCACGUUACUAAUAUUUACACUUUUUGACUGCAUGUUGUUUUUUGAUGUUGGUCUUUGGCUUUUCUUGGGAAUUACAUGCAAUAGGAAGAGAGCAAGUGAGGGUACAUAUUACCAUGAAAUGUCUAAAUUUAGUCAGUAAGUCAAGUUAAAAUGGGCAUUCUUAAAUGUAUUUUGUUAAAGGGUGAUAUAAUAAAAAAUAUAUAUUGUCAACAAACCUCGUAAAUAGAGCAAAAAGCAACAGUUGUUAAUUCUGUCUGAGUAUUUUAUUACCUGCCGAGUCUGUCUGUGGCUUUCAGUCUUAAGCCUACUGAAGAAUACGUAAAUCCUUUAAAAAUAGGCCCAGAAAAUAUUGUUGCAUUCGUAGUAAAAGGCUUAAUUAUUUUCUUAAAACUACUAGCCACUGUAUUAUUUAGGAAACACUUCUAAAAUAGAAAUAAACAGCGCAUUUGUAGGGACUACUAGCAGCCGUAGAAUAAUAUAGUGUUGUGUGAGUUUUUACAGCAGCAGGAUGGUGUAUGUGGGAUUGAUUGGUGUAAAUGGCAGUGCCCUUUACAUGGUAAUGAGGAAAUAUGUUAUCCAAUGCAGCUGUGUUUCUCAUUGGUGUGUUUUGAAACAAGGGAAGUCCUUUGCACAGAGGAAGCAGCUACUGUACUGUAUAUCAGGCUUAACAGUAGAUUCCUGUUUCUACUAAUCACUCAUUUCUAUACUUAUUGCUGUUUUUUGUCUUUUGGUAUAUUUGUUGACAAUUAGAAAAUAUGGAAUAUCCCCGCACUUAUCAUUUAGAAUAAAACUUUUGGACAUUUGGGAGAAAUACAAAAUAAUAAUUUCACCAGGCUGGUAGUAGUCAUAGGAGCAAUAUAUAAUACUUUAUGACAUGUAGGUAGACCAACACACACUAAACUAAACAUAUGAACACCUGCCACAGUUUAAACUUGGCGAGGCCUUAAUUUAGACAGCAGACAAUUUCCCACAUUAGCCCUUUUGUACUCAAAUAAACAAAGGACAAUUAAGUGUAUGCUGGAUAUACAGUCUUUAUCUCCUCAAGACUCUAUAGUUUUGUAUUUUGGUACCCUUUAAGGAUAUGUUUCAGAUACUUACAUUCCAUAUUACACUGUGUUUUCCUCUAGUUCAAUAAAGAAACAACUGUCAGCCUAAAAAGUGUGUAUCUCAAUAAAGUAGCAAAUAAAUCACACUUUUUGUAAGCACUUAUAAGGCUUGAUUGGUUGUAGUGCUAUCUCACCUAGAAAAUAUGGUCAAUAAGGUACUAGGCUAAGAUUGUCUAAUAUAAAAAUGUUCACGUUUUCAGUGGUUAACGUAAGUCAUCACCGCAUGUUGGACUGUUGGUACACUGCACUGGUUUAUCGGAAAAGCAACUUAAAUGUGGGGUAGGUAAGUUUGAGAAACCGGUUUGAGAUACACUUUUUGUUAUAUUCCAUGGAAUGCUCUUAACAUCCCGAUAGCAAUGAAUAUCUUAAGUGCUUUGACAAAAAAUCCAUAAAAAAAUGUCAUCUGUGGAAGCCUUAGUACUGUAAAAAGCACGACCAAUCAUUUGAGCCGGCCCGGCUAAAAUAACUGGAUGGCCUACCUGCCUGUCAGCCUUCCAUCUGUGCACAAAACUUAUCUCGUGCCCUCAUUGGUCAUGUGUGCGUUCGUGUGUGUUGGAGGAGGGGCUCUGUAAGGAAGUGGCAGAUUUUUUCCGGUUGUGUAUUUUCAAAUUCUAGCGCACUCGAGCUGGAAUUUCUCCAAAAUUACCUACCCCACCUUUAAAUAAAAAAGUUAAUUUUAAAACAUAUUUUUCCUGAGUUUAGAAGACUGACUGUCAUAGUAGAGAGACUUUUAAACUGUAAAUCAUACAAAAAAUGGCCUGUCAGGGAUUGUCUGUGAGAUAUUCAGUCUUUAUCUAAUAUGUCAGUCAAAAGCAUGGAAGAGUGGGAAAAAAAGAAUUGUGUAGCAACUAUUUUUAUACUGCUAAUCCUAGUUUAAAAGAAAAAUAUAUAUUAUUUAUAAUUUGUUCUAUUUUAAAUGUAAAUGAUAUGCUAUGUAUUCUUAAUUUAUAGCAGUUGUUGAAUGUGAAAUGUUUGCAUAUGCGUGCUUCAAAUGGUUUGGAUCUCAGAUUUCCAAUGUGUUAUCAUUGAAUGAAAAUGUCAUUCCAAUAUGAAUUUGUCUAACAGAGGACUAUCGUUCUUUACGAACCUCCUCAGAUUGAAACCAAAACGCUGACUGAAGUGAGUCAGUUAAAGAGGCGGUCUAUGAAACAUAAAGUAAGGGUUACUCUAGGUUAUCUUCUGUUACAGCCCCAUCUUAUCCCUCUCUUCUCACACACACACACACACACACACACACACACACACACACACACACACACACACACACACACACACACACACACACACACACACACACACACACACAC